CUUCUCUUCUUUCUUUUUAAAAGUAUUCCUUCUUGAGAAUCUGUCAAUCAUGCCGCCUAACACAGAAAUCAAUGAAGUGCCAAGAACACGAAUAUUUAUUAGUGAGGAACAGUUCCAAGAAUACAUCAAAAGAGGAGACGCUGUAUUCAUAUUUGAAUCCAAAGUAUACAAAGUCAAUAAUUUUCUCGCCAAACAUCCAGGAGGUGAAGCGUCCCUCAGGAGCGCGCUCGGAAGAGAUGUUACUGACGAAAUCAGAUCGUUGCAUCCUCCCAAAGUAUAUGAGAAAAUGAUUCAUUUAUACUAUAUUGGAGAUUAUCUCGACAUAAAGACGACCGAGACAACAACACAAGGACCGCAUAAAAUAACAAGGUCGAAUAAGGAACUGACAGCAACCUGGGAAGGCGGAAUGACAAUCAAGGCAUUUGACGAUGCCAUUGAUGAAUUACACAAAUCUCACUUUGAAGAUCUCACACAGGAUUCAGUUGAUCAACGGGAUCUGGACAGAGUUAAAGUAAGAGAGGCUUAUCGUCGACUAGAACAAGAAAUCAAGGCACGUGGGCUGUUCAAAUGUAACUAUUGGAAAUACGGUGAAGAAUGCUGCCGAUAUAUCACUCUUUUAUUCCUGUCAUUAUGGUUUACUCUCAAGGGAACAGAAUCAUGGCACUUUAUAGCCGGUGCUGCCUUCCUGGCCGGGUUUUGGCACCAGCUCGUCUUUACGGCCCACGACGCCGGGCAUAAUGGUAUCACAGGCAAAAGCGAAAUUGAUCAUAUCAUCGGCGUGAUUAUUGCAGAUUUCAUUGGUGGACUAAGCAUAGGCUGGUGGAAGGAUAAUCAUAAUGUGCACCACAUUGUCACAAAUCACCCUGAACAUGACCCUGACAUUCAGCACCUUCCAUUUUUGGCCAUCACCACCAAAUUCUUCAACAAUGUCUAUUCAACCUACUACAAGCGAGUCUUGCCGUUUGACGCAGCAGCUAAAUUCUUUGUAAGAUACCAACACUAUUUGUAUUACCUUAUUCUUUCCUUUGGUCGAUUUAACUUGCAUCGAUUGUCAUUUGUUUACCUCUUUACUGCAAAGAAUGUACGUACCCGAAGACUUGAAUUGAUCGGCAUUACCUUUUUCUUCAUCUGGUUCAGCGCUCUCCUGUCUUAUGUACCCACAUGGAAGCUCCGUAUUGCUUAUCUUUUUGUAUCAUAUAUGCUCACAUUUCCUCUUCAUGUACAAAUUACAUUGUCUCACUUUGGAAUGUCAACAGAGGAUAAGGGACCAAAUGAACCCUUUGCUGCCAAAAUGCUACGAACCACAAUGGAUGUUGACUGUCCCGAAUGGUUGGACUGGUUCCACGGAGGACUUCAGUAUCAAGCCGUACAUCACUUGUUCCCAAGAAUACCUCGUCACAAUCUUCGUGCUUGCGUGCCUCUUGUUCGAAAGUUUUGUGAUGAAGUAGGGCUUCAUUAUUACAUGUACAAUUUCUCGACAGGUAAUGGUGUCGUCUUGGGUGCACUCAAGUCAGUAGCAGAUCAAGUAGGAUUGAUGAAUGAAGUGGCCAAAUAUAAUGCAGACAUCUGGGCAAGUAAUAAGCCUCAUAUACAUUAAAUCAAUAAAUUUAAUAAAUAAUAAGAGGAAUAUAAAGCUCCGUAGCUUUCAUUCUCUUUGGAAUGACCUUUUGUUAUCGCUUAA